AUCGCCUCUUACCCGAUGCCGUCGUUUGCAGACCGCGACUACCAGCCUCCGUGGUGGGACGCGAGUCUGCGGUGGCGGAGCGGGGACCUAAUUCAAGAUGCGAAAAACAACACGAUCUUCGUCCACGAUGCCGCAUUGAUGGAGGAGUGGUACUUCUGGAAGAACCAGUGCGAAGAAGACGUCGUCCAAAACUUUCGGGACCGCUUGAAAAAGCCGAAGAAGCCCCCGGCGGCUUUCAUUGCGGGUGCUUCGCCCAAGCGACCGGAGGUUGUGCCGCCGUUGAACUUGUCGCAGCAAAACCUCUGUCCACCAUCCGUGGUGGUGAACCCGCCCGUGAAGGAGCAGGCGGUGAAUGUGGAAAUCAAAACCGAUAACAAGAAGGACGAGACUGUUGUGACAGCGUCGCACGCCCAGCCUGAUCUUGGUGGCAGUGGGCAGGAUGAAAAAGCAGCAACUAGCGUCAACGUCGUCGAGCAUCCGUUCACGUUCAUGGCUACGGGAGCGAGCGCUGACUUUCGAGGCACGGGAUUCCACUCUGCGAGCAGCAAUCACUCGAACAAAGUUAAAGCUGGCGGGAAGGCCGAAGAUCCUGUGGUACUCGGCGGCAAGGCCGAAGAUCCUGUCGUGUUGGUUUCUCUUGCUGAAAACCAAGCUGAUAGUAAACGAGAAAAUGCACCGGCACCGGGCGCCGUCAAACAAGACGAACUGCAGGACAAUGUGAUCGAUAACAACGACCAGAAGUCGUGCAACGAACUCGAGCGCGUUCCUGCUCUAGCAAGUGCAACUCCAGCGGCCAUCGGGACCAGUAAGGCGCAGGCCAGUUCUGCUGGAACUGGACCAGCGAGCGCCACCGCACCAAAGCCGCCCUCGAAAACGACACCGGCCGGCCUUCUACCGAAUGUCUCCCCGGAACAGAAGCCGAACCCGAAUUUUUUCUUGAACCAGGACACCCCGCGCGAGUUGCAGGAAAAGGUGCACGAGCAGGCACAAAAUAUUUUGAGUAGCGAGGCGCAGAAGAACAAGCCUUUGGAGAAGGACUCUCCGGCCGUGGCGCCGCGCACCGAGAGAUUGCAGCCGAACACGGCUUUUUUCGUGAAUCACGCGAACAAACAAAUGCAAAACGUCUACGCCCGAGGGCAUGCGGAAGUCAAUUUCGCUUUUCCGGCGGCCACGUUGUUUCGCGAAGCAGAAGCGGUGGAGGUUGCUCCGGAGGACGUGAAUGUGGAGGAAAAGGCGCAAGGGCAAGAAGAGACUGUUGGGAAAGCCGAAGCUGAGUCGCAGGUGGAUAACAACGACGUGGAGAUGAAAGACCGCACGAAAUUGAAUGAGAAAGAAAUCGACUGCUUCAAUCCAGCGAUUGCCGCGGACACGACCGCGGAGGCCGACCAUUCGCUCAACAGGACGUGGUGCUUCGAUACCAGUGCGAAGCAUGAAAAGGAAAACGUGGAGAAAAACGAAACUGCCCAAAUCGCAGGUCAACAACCUCCGCCGGCCUAUCACGCGCCGGAUUCGCCGAAACCCCUUGUCGACUCGACCCUGUUGCGAGCCGCGCCGUUGAGCAACAGUCUGAAAACUCGGAUUACUGGGAUGAAACCACCACGGAUGCCACCGUUGCGAGCGGGGACUGUUUCCAUUGGCUUCCAACCGCCGGCUCGGUUUUCCGCUGGUAGUGGGACGCAGCUGCUGGGGAGAAACGGAUUCCCGA